CUGCAGUGUAAGCAGUGUUGGUGUGCAGAGUCCAACGGCCCGACAGGCUCGUUUCGUGGGAGAUGAGUGUCAAAGUCUUUGGCUCCAAGCUCAGAUCAGCAACUGGUGUCCAGAGACCAUGCUCUCGGGGAAGACGGUCAAGUUCAUCCUGUAUGAGGUGCUCCAGUUUGCAGCCCUCACCGUACCCAUCUUUGUGAUUAUGGAGAGGUUUGCCAGAAUCAUACACACUGUGCAAGGAGGGAAUCGAACGGCUUACUGGCUGGUGGUGGCGGUCUCUAUUGCCUAUGUGACCACUGUGACCCUGCUGGUGUGGGCUCCUCUCAAAUAUAUGUUCCUGAAGCGGCGGAGGUUCAUCUCAGACAUCACACAGUGGAGACCAACAGCACUGGCAUACAUCGUCCUGUGUACCUUUCCAUGCUUUGCUAUUCUAAUAACCAGCUCCAAGGUGCAGGCGGACAAUGAUCCAGGAAUCCGCGACCAUUUCGAUGAGUUGCCUGUCUCCUUGGUGCUUGUGUGCCUCAUCUGUGUGGACAUCACAGAGAGGAUUCGGCACUGCAAGCUCCUUGGAUCGUCAGACGGCCUGGAUCCUGACCUUGACAUGUCAGGCCCCGUCCUCACCCACCUGGAAGCGGUGACCACAGUAACCGCCCAGCUGCACACUGAUGAAGGCCAGAACGGUUUGACCCAGGACCAACCAGAGGCCAGGAACGGCAGCACCCCGGGCAGCUGGCGGGACCUCGCUGGCCCGAGAGCGUCCAGCGCUGCCUACCUGUACGCCUCCUCUUCAAGGCCCCGGUCCUACUCUGGUCCUCUGCGCUUCCUGUGGAGGAGGGACGGCAGGGCGGAGGCUUUUGUAGACAGCUUCAUGUUCUGGCUCGACACCGUGGAGCUGGUGAGAGUGGCUGGAGUGCCAUCGGUCUUCUUCUCAGGCUGGGUGUUCCCGGUCUACAUCGUGGCCUUCCUGUCUACUCUCCGUGUGGCCAUCACUCCCAACAACCCUCUGCUGUCUUCUGCUGGAUUUGCUCUGCAGGACCUUCCCUUCUUUGUCAUUCGAGUGGCUCUGAUCGCCGUGUUUGGUUUUGUAACUCCCGUGUUGUACCCGUUGAAAAAUGUGCUGGUGAGCCUGACUUUUAUCUACUUCACAUUCCUGACCAGGCUGAGGAUUUUCAGAAGGCAGGCCAUGUUUUGAGGAGGAGUGGCACAUUGUGUUGUUAAUGAAAUAUCUGCUUUGAUUGCGGAUGGCGGAACAGUUGGUAUAUUUAUGUGCGGGGAGCUGCAGCGGGGGAUACAGGGUGUUCCUACUGAUGAAGAAGCACGACGUGUUUUGAAUUGUAAUGGCUGCAAAUGCAUUGUAAAGCUACUCAUCCAAAUGAAAGUGUGAAAAUGAUUCUGGAUUUAAAACACAAAAAGCUUGUGUGGGUUGGACUGUACAGUCGGCCAAUUCUUCUCAUUUUUCUGUGGCAUAUUUGAAACCAAACGUAUUUAUUGAUACUGAUGAUGACGUUGUGUUUACCUGCUACGUUUUCCAUUUCUUUCUUUUUUUAACCGUACAUUUAUUAACAAACUAGAAAGAGUGAUGUUGAAAUGUGAUGAUUUUAAAUCAUUUCCCAUCACCUUUACCAUGUCAAAUAAACAUACUCUGUUUAAAUGCUUAA